AAUUAAUAUUACAAAAUGGAGAAUACAUCUGAUGUCAAAGAGCAUUCUGCUCUCUGAGGCAAAGGAGAACAGCAGAAAAUUAAAGGAAAAGAAGAAUCUAAAUUUGAAAUGGAACAAAAUGGCGGGUUUACUACCCCCAUCCGGAUAUGGUUUGCUUCAUAUACAAGGCGUAGGUAAAAUCAAAAUCAAUGAAGCUGAAGGAGAGCUCACCACUCCUUCAGACCUCAAAGUCAUAGAUGAUGUAUGGUAUAAACUAACUCUGCACUUUUGGAGCAAAGCAGAUCAUCAAUUUACCAUGGAAAGAGUUGAUGAGCUGAGUGAGAUCCUCUCCGAAAAAGUCGAGGAUUUGAGUAGCUAUUACGAAAUGUGCUCUAAAAUGAUAGACUGGCUUAGAUCUAAAGCUAACUUCGCAGGAGAGAUUGUUUGAAAUCAUUAUAAAAUAUCAAAAGAAAAGUACUGCCAGCUGAGGGAUGAUUCACAAGAUUCAAACAUAUCAAAAUCCUUUAUGGUGAGGCCAACAACAGUGCAAAAUUUCACUAUUCCACCACAGUAUAAAAGUCUAUCAAAAGAUUUAAGUAAAAUACAAACUGAAGAGGACAUCAAAAGAAUUGUAGAUGAGCUAUACAAUGAGGCAAGCUGACUGGUUACCAGUUAUGACCCGAAUAAAAUUGUUGAAGAACACAAACUCGAGAUGCUCUAUCAGAUGCUCUUGAAAGAUCUUAGCCUUAUAAAAUACAGUCUAGAUUUUAAUGACAUCAAGCAUAAGAUAUUGAAGAUGAAGCUUCCUCUGAGUGAGUUUUCUCACUGAGCAGUAAGACGUGCACCCUUCGAAGUAACUUUAUUAUAAUAAUUGCCAGUCCUUCAUAUUCAA